UCACGAACUGGUGUCCCCACGUGAGUUUAUCAACAGCAUGAGCGCUGGUACACUGGAGUUCUGUAGAGUCUGGACUUUAAUGAUUUAACCCUAGUUAUCAGGUUGACACACAAGCUUUGCGAAAAUGGCGACAUUUCGAAAGAAGAUCGACAAUCGGAUUCGUGUUCAGAUUGAGAAUGGUGUCGCUCUGCAACAUCGGACCCUGUUCGUUGUUGUUGGUGAUCGAGGAAAAGACCAGGUUGUUAUCCUGCAUCACAUGUUGUCAAAAGCUGCAGUGAAAGCACGACCCUCUGUUCUGUGGUGCUACAAAAAAGAGCUGGGCUUCAGCAGUAAUCGAAAGAAGCGCAUGAGACAACUCCAAAAGAAGAUUAAAUCUGGCACCCUUAACCUGAAGCAGGAUGAUCCAUUUGAACUUUUUGUCGCCGCUACCAACAUCCGAUAUUGUUACUAUAAAGAGACCCAUAAGAUCUUAGGAAACACGUUCGGCAUGUGUGUCUUGCAGGACUUUGAAGCACUCACUCCUAACCUGCUCGCCAGGACGGUUGAGACUGUUGAGGGAGGAGGGAUCGUAGUCAUUUUGCUCAGGAGCAUGAACUCCCUCAAGCAGCUGUACACUAUGUCUAUGGAUGUCCAUUCUCGAUACAGGACUGAGGCCCAUCAGGACGUGGUUGGAAGAUUCAAUGAGAGGUUUAUCCUCUCCCUUGCCUCCUGCAAGAUGUGCGUCGUCAUCGACGACCAGCUCAACGUCCUGCCCAUCUCCACCCACAUGGCCGCCAUCAAGGCGGUUCCUCCAAAGACUCAGGACGAUCUGUUGUCGCCGCGGGAGCAGGAGUUGAAGGACCUGAAGGCUUCUCUCCAGGACACGCAGCCUGUUGGCGUGUUGGUGGACAACUGCAAGACCAUGGACCAGGCCAAGGCUGUGCUGAAGUUCAUCGAGGCCAUCUCGGAGAAGACCCUACGGAGCACAGUGGCGCUCACUGCCGCCCGUGGACGUGGAAAAUCGGCAGCACUGGGGCUGGCCGUCGCUGGGGCCGUCGCCUUCGGCUACUCCAACAUCUUUGUGACCUCACCGAGCCCAGACAACUUGCACACCCUCUUUGAGUUCAUCUUCAAGGGCUUUGACGCUCUCCAGUACCAGGAGCACCUCGACUACGAGAUCAUCCAGUCCCUGAACCCGGACUUCAACAAGGCGGUGGUGCGGGUCAACAUCUUCAAGGAGCACCGGCAGACCAUCCAGUACAUCCACCCGGGGGAUGCUGUCAAGCUUGGCCAGGCUGAGCUCCUGGUCAUCGACGAGGCGGCGGCCAUCCCCCUCCCCCUGGUGAAGAACCUGCUGGGGCCUUACCUGGUCUUCAUGGCCUCAACCAUCAAUGGCUAUGAGGGCACCGGUCGCUCUCUGUCCCUCAAGCUGAUCCAGCAGUUGCGACAGCAGAGUUCUGACAGUCAACAGAACAUGUCUGCAGAGAAUAAGGGCACCAACACCGUCCGGAUAGCUUCAGCCCGCUCCCUUCAUGAGGUCUCGCUGCACGAGUCAAUCCGUUACAGCCCAGGGGAUGCCGUGGAGAAGUGGCUGAAUGAGCUGCUCUGUCUGGACUGCCUGAACAUCCCCAGGCUCAUAUCUGGCUGCCCGCUGCCUCAAACUUGUGAUCUGUACUACGUCAACAGAGACACCCUGUUCUGUUACCACAAGGCCUCCGAGGUCUUCCUGCAGAGACUCAUGGCGCUCUACGUGUCCUCCCACUACAAGAACUCGCCCAAUGACCUCCAGCUGCUCUCCGACGCGCCCGCCCACCACCUCUUCUGUCUCCUGCCCCCCGUGCCCCCAACACAGAACUCCCUGCCAGAGGUCCUGGCCGUGGUGCAGGUUUGUCUGGAAGGGGAGAUCUCUCAGCAGUCGAUCCUCAACAGUCUGUCCAGAGGGAAGAAGGCCGCCGGGGACCUGAUCCCCUGGACCGUGUCAGAACAGUUCCAAGACCCAGAGUUUGGCGGUCUCUCCGGCGCCCGAGUCGUGCGCAUUGCGGUGAACCCCGACUAUCAAGGGAUGGGCUACGGCUCCAGGACUCUGGAGCUGCUCCAGAUGUACUACGAGGGAAAGUUCCCCACCAUGACCGAGAACGGACACGCUGGCAACAGUGAGAUCACGACUGUCGGCAGCGAGGCUGUCGGCCUGCUCGAGGAGGUGCUCACGCCCAGGAAGGAGCUCCCUCCGCUGCUGCUGAAGCUGAGCGAGAGGAGGGCGGAGCGACUCCACUACCUGGGGGUGUCCUACGGUCUCACCACCCAGCUGCUCAGAUUCUGGAAGAGGGCCGGCUACACCCCGGUCUAUCUCAGACAGACACCUAAUGACCUGACGGGGGAGCACUCCUGUGUGAUGCUGAAGGAUCUCCGAAUGGAAGAGGCUUCCGAGCAGGCUCAGUGGCUGUCUGCGUUUUGGACAGACUUCAGGCGGCGCUUCAUCUCGCUGCUCUCCUACCAGUUCAGCAGCUUCCAGCCCAGCAUGGCCCUCAACAUCCUGCAGAACCGGAACAGCAAGGAGACGGCCAACACGAUCGGCAGCACGGAGCUCGCCAUCCACUUCAGCCCCUACGACCUGAAGCGCAUGGAGCUGUACUCCAGGAGCAUGGUAGACUACCACCUCAUCAUGGACCUGGUGCCCAAGGUGGCGCGCCUCUUCUUCCUCCGGCAGCUCGGCGACAUCUCCCUCUCCGCGGCCCAGUGUGCGCUGCUGUUGGGCGUCGGGCUGCAGCACAAGACAGUGAAUCAGCUGGAGAAGGAGAUUGAGCUGCCAGGCACACAGCUCAUGGGUCUGUUCAACCGCCUGAUUCGCAAGAUCGUGCAGGUUUUCAGCAACGUGCAAGAGCAGGCUGUCGAAGCAGAGAUGGUGGCGUCGAAAGAAAUCACCAUGGAGCCGACAGUCGGGAGUCUGACAGAUGAUCUGAAUGAGGCUGCCAAGGAGUUCGACGAAAAACACAAGCAAGACCUGGAGAAAAUCAAGGAGCUGAACUUUGAAGAGUACAAGAUCCGUGGAAACGAUGACGAGUGGGACCAUGUCUUGAAGAAGGCGGGGAACCCGGCUGUCGUCAGUAUAAAGAGCGACAAGAAGAGGAAGCUGGAUGUGGAAAGCCAUGUGGAAGUUCCAGAGGAGCCAAAACACGGCAAAUUGAAGAAGGGCGGUGGCAAAAAGGCCAAAUUUGGAAAGAAGAGAUGAGUUUUGAUGUUGGACCAAUGAACUUAUAUAUUUUAUACACUCGUGGAGCAAUGUUUGCGCUGUUGUCCAAUAACCACAAGUCUAGUCAACACAGAAUACACAUAAACCAUAAAAAACAAAGGAAAUUUGUACGAAAGGAUUGACUGGUACCAUAACUCCUCAGAGCAUUGCCUAUCAUUAAUGUCUAUGAGAAUCAAAUUCCCUUUUUUGUAAUAAAAAGUUUGGACAGAGGUUAAAAUGGCGUUGGGCAGGACUCCAUGACAUGUCAUCGGAAAACACGAGGUCGUAGGUCAAUCCACCUCUGCCUCAGCUGCUGCUUCAGGGUCUCUGGGGCAAAAGUACAAUCUAUGGCUUGCUGGGAGAGCUUCCACACGUCCUCAUGGCUCAGCCCGAACGUGGUCGCCGCCAGCUCAUACUCCUGAGAUAGAUCGGUGCUGAAGACUCCCUUAUCGUCAGUCUGUUGUAUGGAAAAAAAAUUGUAUUGGUUAGGAGCAAUUCAAAGUUAUUGUUUUAAAUAAAACCGUUGAACUAUGUAAAUGCUUGGUUAAGAACUUCAGAAAAACUCAAUGUUGAGCUGUGAAAAUUCAAAACCAAUAGGGCCACAGAGACUUACGCAUAUCACACUAGGAUGUCCCAUCUGAUACCAGAACUUGAAGUGAUGUUCGGAGUAACACGGCACCGUUUGACCUUUGACAUUAGACGUCAAGCAGAGCUCUACAACACAGAUGGAUGUUUUAGAAUACGAGCCAUUAUACAGGUUAAAGGUGACAUACUAUACCACCAGGUGUGAGUGUGUUUAGCCAUUCAAAGCCGGUUUGAAAAUCUGCCUCUUCUGACAUCACAAGUGGGCGUGUCCCCUUGGAUAGAUCAGUCUACCAGCCUACCCAGUGGACUGCAGCAAACGUUAAUCUAUCCAGCACACAUCUAGGUGGACCCGCCCACUUGUGUUGUCAGAGGCAGAUUUUCAAAACGGCUUGUAACAGCUCAUCAGACUCACACCUGGUGGUACAAUAUAUUCAACUUUAAAACCGGUUGGUGUGGUCUUGACUCAAAUCGUGAACAUUUCACACUCACCCAGUGGUAUGUUAUUCUUCACCACUGCAUCAACCAGGGUCUGAGAUCCGCCUACGUCGGGAUGCAAAAACGUGCCGUGGCCGAUCCUGUCGGGAGGAAGAGUUAACAGCAGCUCAGUCUCCUCCAACUGGGAGGGGACCUGAAAACACAACGGCACACCAAACUUAAAAAACAGCUUUCAGGAAAGAAGUCGGCAUGGGCAGCCAUCUCGUGAUGGGUA